AUGUCAUCAGGAGAAUCUAGUUCUUCCAGAAUAGAUUACUCCAGGCUCUUGAGCUGGGAAGCCAAGCAUAGAGCAAGAUCGGGUAUCAAAAUGUUGAGACCUUACAUGUCUAUACCUGGCAUGAUCAGCUUUGGCGGUGGCUAUCCUCACGCCUCGACAUGGCCAGUCAAUGGAAUGACUCUCUCACUGCCGUUCUCCGGGGAAUCAGUCUUCGUGCCUGGCUAUCAGACGAACAGUCCUGAUGGUCUGCUACCCCUGGCAUCGUACAGCCCUCCUCCCAAAACUUCAACGCUGCAGCCUCACCUCGCUGCCGAGCUACAGUACUCUCAGACUUUCGGCCAAGUGCACUUCAUCUCAUGGCUGAAGGAGCACAUCGCAAGGAUCCACAAUCCACCUUAUGCAAAAUAUGAGGACUAUACCAUCUUGAAUACUGCGGGCAAUACCGAUGGAGUAGACGCUGUGCUGCGGACAUGCAUGGACAAAGGGGAUCACGUAUUGGUCGAGGAAUUCGCUUAUCCGGGCACCCUGAGUCAUUGCGAGAGUCUUGGCCUGCCUGCGAUCGGAGUGCCAAUGGACAGCGAUGGCAUUGUGCCGUCAGCUCUGGAGGACAUGAUGAGCAGAUGGGACGAGAACGAACGGGGAGGCAAACGACCAAAAUUCCUGCUGGUGGUCCCGACGUGCUCGAACCCUGCAGGUGCAACCAUCCCGGCUGAGAGGAAGAGAGAGAUCUAUACUAUCUGCCGGAAAUGGGGUCUCAUGAUCAUUGAGGAUGAUCCAUACUACUUCCUUCAGAUCAGACCCAAUGGAGUAGACAGUCCUCCUUGCACUAGCUUCCUGUCGAUGGACAUAGAUGGCCGUGUCAUUCGGCUUGACUCCUUCUCGAAAAUCGUGGCUCCUGGCUCAAGAUGUGGCUUCAUCACCGGCCCGACCGAGCUCGUGACGCAUAUCAUGUACUCACGGGAGUGUUCAACACAAUUACCAAGUGGAUUCUCCAUCGCCAUUAUUUCCUCAAUUCUCCAAGCGUGGGGCGGGCACGAGGGGUACGAGAAAAAUUACCUGCCCUACAUCUCCAGCGUCUACUCUAAGAGAGCCAUCCUGAUGUCGAAUCUUAUCUCCAAACACGUACCUGCGAAGGCGGCGACUGCUCCCCCGCCAUCUGGAGGCAUGUUUCUGUGGCUCCGACUACACUUAGAGGAUCAUCCGGAUAUAAGCGAUACGUCAGUCUCCCUCGAAGAUCUGGCCGAAAGGGUGUUCCAAAGCCUCAUAGAAGCCAAGGUCUUGACUGUUCCCAGCAAGUUCUUCAAGGCGCCUGGAAAGAGCUGGACGCGGGACGAAGAGGCCAAGAGGAUCUUCCUCCGGUUGAGCUUUGCGACCGCUACCGAAGAGGAAAUAACGGAAGGUGUUCAGAGGAUCGGGCGUGCAUUGACAAAGGAAUGGCGCAUAUAG